AUGCAAGCGCGUACGGUCGAAAAGACGAUCGUUUACGACUUCAUGACUCCCUGGCUUGGAACGGGACUGAUCGUAUCGACCGGAUCGAAAUGGACCCAGCGUAGAAAGAUCAUAACGCCAGCGUUUCAUUUCAAAAUACUGGAGGAUUUCCUUGUCAUCAUGAACCACCAGUCGGAUGUGCUGAUCGAGAAGCUGAAGACGAGUGCAAAUGGUACGGAUUGUAAUGUUUACAACCACGUGACGUACUGCGCACUGGACAUCAUCGCCGAAUCUGCCAUGAGUGUCAAGCUCAACACGCAACAGAACCCGAACUCAGAAUACGUGUUGGCAGUGAAAGAAAUGUCUGAUAUUAUCCUGAAGCGUCUGUUCUCUCUUCUUCGCGAAUACAAAUGGGCAUUCCAGUUUACCAAAGCCUACCGUCGUCAGCGAGAACUGGUGAAAGUGAUACACGAUUUUGCCCAUAAGGUGAUCAGCGAUCGUAAGAAGCAACUGCAUUCCGACGAACAAGAGGGACAGCGAGCCCAGAAACAACUUGCCGAAAAGGACGUCUAUGGGAAGCGUCGGAUGACUCUAUUGGACCUCCUAAUGAACGUUACCAUGGACGGUAAACCGCUAUCCGAUUCAGAAAUUCGGGAAGAAGUAGAUACGUUCAUGUUCACGGGACAUGAUACAACCACCUCUUGUAUCAGCUUUGCCGCAUACCAUCUCUCUCGCGAUGCUUCUAUCCAACAGCGUGUGUACGACGAGAUUCUAGCCAUUGUGGGACCGGAUGCCAAAACUGUAGAGCUUACCUACGGCACACUGCAGAAGCUGAAGUAUCUUGAGAUGGUGAUCAAGGAAACACUUCGCAUCAACCCUCCUGUACCGGUCAUAGGGCGUCGAUCGGCCGGUGACAUGGUGAUUGAUGGAGUGACCAUUCCAAAGGGACUCGAUUUCUUUUUAGUGAUCUACUCGCUGCACAAUGAUCCGGAACUGUAUCCCGAACCGACUCGUUUCGAUCCGGAACGGUUCGGCGAGGAAGCCUCGGUCAAGCGACCGUCAUACAGCUACAUGCCAUUUAGUGCGGGCUCACGGAACUGUAUUGGACAGCGGUACGCGAUGCUUGAGGUGAAAACCGUGCUCGUGAAGCUGCUGGCCAACUAUCAGUUGUUACCGUGCGAAGCAAGCAAUCAGCUGCGACUCAAAACCGAUAUGACACUGAAACCGGUGAAUGGUGCGUUUGUGAAGCUCGUCCGUAGAUAAGAUAUC